AUUGACUAUUAACGUGGCCAGUUUUUGAAACGUGGCAUCCUCACAUGAAAUUUGAUAAAAAAAAAACAUUUUAAAAAUAUAAAUCAUGUGCCACGUUACGGUUCAGAAGAAAACGUGUAUGUGUUCCUCUACUAAUCAUCCCAGUUCGUUGCGGUGCAGCCUUCAUAAGAACAGUCAGCACCACGCACCGGCCCGUUCGUUCCCCUCAAACUAGCUCAACAUGCGCCGGUCCGCGAUGAAAAACUCGCUUGUGAGAAUCGGAGGCGUCAAAGGCGAGUGGGUGAAAUUCGCUCUCACUGUGUUGAUUCGUCCUUCUUCGCAUCAACAGAGGAGAAGAUCAUCCUUUGAACUGAGACCGAGUCGUCUCUCGAUCAUGUCCAAAUCCGACGAAGAUAUGUAAAUUUUUUAUCUCUCUCAUUACAGGUUUUGAAUCGCCCCUGGGAGGAUUCUCCAGUUGCGUUGCUAGAAGAUUUUUGCGUAGAUCUAAGAAGUUGGCCUCAUGACCAUGCCACCGUCUUUGUUGCCAAAUUCUUUGCUCGCGCUGACCUUAUGUCCUUCAUUUUCAACGUUCCAGAAAAUCAAAGACCUGUUAGAUUGUUUUAUUUUUUUACUUUCUCUACAGUAUUCCUAGCCCUAACUUAUACCCCUAUGUGUCUUGCCUAUGCAGCUUUGUUUCAGUCCUUGCUGUUUGAAGCAUGCGGGAGAACAGUCAACCUUGUCAAAGGUGCGGUGGGUAUUCUCUGGACCAAAAAUUGGCACGUCUGCUAGGCGACCGUCGAGACCGUGCUUCGCGGGGGUACGCUCAGGCCCAUGUCGAAGCUCAUGAGACUCGCUUCUCCCGUUGUCGUCGCCAACGAGACAUCGGAAGUUGCAUGCUCCGACAUUUGGAGAAUUCGAGAUCCAAACCCAACUUAUGGAUUUACGAACACCAGAUCCCAUACCAGAGUCUCCUCCGCCAACAAACGCAAGCGGUUGGAGGAGCUGGCGAAGCUUCAGGCGGCGCCAAAUCUCGAUCUCCGACUGACGCUGAUUUUCCUACAGAAGAAGGUUGAAAACCGGCGGUCGGUGUCGCCGUCGAUGACUCCGAAGAGUCAGGCAUAUUUUGUGGUUUACUAGAAAGAGAAACAAUUGAAAAAGCUUGGAAACAAGGUCCUUGGACCUGUGAAAGAGAAGGUUGAAGCAAAACUAGGGGAGCUUAAAGACGCAAUUUUGGGGGUUCAACACAAGCUAUUAAGGAUGCCAUGACUGCCCUCAAUCAAGAAGUUAUGUAGCUUUGUGUCGCCCUCCAUUGAAAAGCCUUACCGUGUUCCUCUGAAGCUGCCACUGUUGGCAGUAAUGUGCUUCUUACCUUUGGAUUUCUGAUUUUUAAUCUGCAAGCGCAAUACCAAUGUAUCUUAUGAAAUGCCAUGUAUAAAUAUAUGAGAAUGCUACAUUUAAAGAAA